AUGUCGGACGAAUUGAAGCCAGACUUGUGCGCGACAGUGAAAUUGGAAAAAGUGUCAAGUGGCGCGGAGAGAUCGGAAAAGGACGUUCCGAUCUAUAAACGUCGUCCUCCACACCCGAUUCCUCCGGCUCCACCAUCGGAUCCACGCUACGAAAUGACGCUUUCAGAGUACCUUCAGCUUCAGCAGAACCCGACCGCAUUGACGACAUUCGGACGCAACGUGGCACUCAAAAAGAUUGUGCUGACCGAAAUCGAAAAGCAUCCGGACAUGUGGAGCUCUCGGAAUGGCCAACUUCAACAAAGGUUCUAUCCGAUGGUCGCCGUCGAGGUCUAUAAGCGGACCGGGUGUGUAUUUUCGAGUAAGUUUAUAUGGUCCCGCAUGAUCAUGUACGCUCUUCUCAUCGUCGCCUCUGUUUUCAGCAAAAUCAAUCAUGAACCUGUUCAAAGUGAUCAAGGACACGUUACGUCUGAAGCUUCGGUUCGCGAUAGUCAAACGAAAAAUGAGUGCGGUGGAGACGGAAGCGUACCUGUGGAAGUGGGAGCUCUACGGAUAUUGUCGGUUCUUUCGAUCACGUACCCGGCACCUGGAGGCCAGUUUAAAGAGGGAAGCGCUCAACGAUCCCGUCGUGCACACCAUCGACGAUGAUGACGACGUCAAUUCGGAUGUGGACGUCGAUGCGAUGAUGGACGGUGUCGAGGAAGUUUAUGAGGAUGAGGACGUGGCGCCGCCGCCGCCGUUGCAUGCGGGACAGCAUGGGUAAGCAGUCAUGUGCAUGGCCUAGAAACAUCUUCGGCCAUUCGCAAAAUUACCUUUUCUGCGCUUAUUGGAAUGAGCAAACAUUAUAAAAAAUAAUAGCGUUUCAUGAAACUGACACUUGUAACAUUGAAAUCAUUUCUAACGAUUGAAAUGUACUGAAACUUCGAAAAGAGAUGACGAUCGCGAAACGGUAUCAUUUUUGCAGUAACUUGAGUGCGAACACCUCGAACACUCAACACAUACCACCCGCUCAAUACCAUCAUCAUCAAUCAUUCGGCCAUCCGCCACCACCACCACCACAAUUCCACCCCGGAUACCCCGUUCCUCCACAACACUUUCGACAACAUCCGCAUCCGCAUCCGCCAAUCGAUCCGAACAUGACGGCCGUCAAUGCGAACUUCAAUCAGCUGCGCAGAGUCCAACAACACCAAUUGCACGUGGCGCCAACAGCGCGGAGAACCGAACAACCGGACACGACGAGAAACGAUUCGGGCAACAGCACGAAGGUCGACGCGAUUGACGGAUCCGCCGAUGCCGGAGAGGGUCCUUCUUCGUCGGUUAGUCUAUUGGGGCAAACUAUUUGUGAUUACAAGGUUACCGACAUAAUACUGUAUAAUAGAAGGGCUGUAUCUCAGCUGUCGGCAGAGAUAUCGAAAAGAUGUCAACUGACAAAUUGUUCAUCAAAACUUGGUGUACAUUUUGUCAGUUGACAACAUUUUGAUAUCUCUAAUGACAGCUGAGAUACAUUGUUUUAAACGUAUUUGAAAAUACAUCGAGGAUCGAACGGAAAAUGUGUGAAAGUGUGAUAUAGAGGUGCUGAAACAGAGGAUCUAACGUAGCAACAGGGCGUUGAAAACACUCAUUCACAUUAAAUUAUUGAAUCUUUUGAGUUUAUCAAACACAACAAAUGCCUUCUUUGAAACAGUGAUCAAUAUUUUCAGACGGCCAGCAGCUACAACAAGACAAAAACGGAGAGUGGCUUCGAGCAGGAAAUGGCCUCGAUCGCAUUCCAAGUGAAUCGGAUCACGGCGGAGCAGCCGGAGAAGAAGGCCAUUUUCCGUCGUGUUUUCUACGAAACAGUCUUCAAAAUCGAGGACUGCGAUUUUAAGACGCCCCGCGAGUUCUUCCUCGCUAUGGCCGAACACUACAAUUAA